AUGUGUAUUUGUGAUGUUUGUCAAAAGAAGGAGAAAAAAAAAGAAGAACGAGCACCAAAGAAGAUUGCCAAUAAUAAAGUACCAGUUGGUGAUUACUGCAAUGCAAGUACACCCGUUCAUCAAUAUUCCGACAGCAAGGAAAUUUGGCCAGCUUCACGUGACCAAUUGGAAGCUGCAUACGAAUUCAUCCGCGAAUGCGCGACGGCUCAAAAACGUACUCUUAUUGUACCGGAUGUAGGUGCAGAUGGAUUGACCUCUGGAGUCAUCAUGUAUUUGACAUUGUUGAGACUUGGACUUAAUAAAAAGUAUUUGAGUGUUCAUUUGGUGCAGAAGGGUUCAAAUAUUCAUGCAGAGUAUGAAAGGAAGGCGAUGGCGUUAAAGAAACCAAGUUCAUGGGCAAAUUCAUUUGAAACUGAUGAAUUAUGGAAGGUCGUUUCAGGUUAUCAUUGUUCACGGAUUCCAACGAUUGCUAUUAUGACUUACGAAAUUUGCAAACAAUUGAAUCCUGAUAUCGAUCGGAAAUCCGGGUAUGGGUACCUUUGCGCAAUUGGAACAUAUGGAAAGCUCGGGGGCAGUAUAAAAUGGACACCUCCAUUUCCGGAUAUGAAAGAGAUCUUCAAGAAGCUUUCCAAAACUCGCAUUAAUAAAUGCGCUUCCUUUAUCAAUGCUCGUAUGUUAUAUGAACUUUCAACUUUCAACUUUCAACUCUCAAUCGCUGAAUCUUAUCUAGCACGAAAAACUGGUACAUAUGAUGUUCUCCACCGCUUGGACAGCAUUAUUCCAAGCUUUUCAAUACCCGAAGUAAAUCUUGGUCAACAAGAGGCUGAUGGCAAAAUUUUGGUACUGAAAGUCGAAAGUGAGGCUCAGAUACACCCUUUUCUUGCUGAACGAUGGGCAAAAAUUCCUAGGUCCGAAGCCUUAGAAAUAGUCAUCGUUGCUAACUAUGGCUACUUAUCUGGCAAAGUAGAUUUCUCAUGUCGGAGAGCUGAAUUUACUCAAGCCUCUGAUAACACAGUCAAUAUUAUCGAAUCAUUAAAAGCCAUAGCUAAUUUGGACACCACGGAUUUGGUCGAGAGACUACGAGAAAACUUUGUGCGUGGCUUUAAGAAGCCUGGUGGGAUCGUCAACACGGCCGAAUUCGAGGAAUUGUGUGAUUUGAUGAAGCUUGGUGAAAUGCCUGAAUGGUCUGAAAAGUUUGAGCUGCGAGUUGCACCGACAAAAGAAAGUUGA